AUGGAUCAUUACAACAGCUUCUCCGAAUUCCAAAUCCGCUUCCUGCCGCCCGUGUACGGGCUGGAGUUCUGUGUGGCGUUGCUGGGCAACGCCCUGGCGCUGUGGCUGCUGGUGACAAGGGAGCGGCGGGACUGGCACACCGGGGUGGUGUUUUCCUGUAACUUGGCCAUCAGCGACCUGCUGUAUGUGCUGACGCUGCCCCUGCUGCUCCUCUACUACGCCGGCGGGAAGGACUGGCGCUUCGGCCCGUCCGCCUGCAAGCUGGAGCGCUUCCUCUUCACCUGCAACCUGUACGUCAGCAUCUUCUUCAUCAUGUGCAUCAGCGUCAACCGCUACGUGGCCAUCGUGCACCCCUUCUUCACCCGCAGCCACGUGCGGCCCCGCCACGCCGCCGCCGCCGCCGUGCUGGUGUGGGCGCUGGUGGCCGCCAUUUCAUCCCCUGUGCUGGGCUUCGCCGGCACCUGCCUGCGGAACGGCACCAACGCCACCGAGUGCGUGUCGUGCUGCGGCGUCGGCCAGGAGGAGCAGCGCAGGCACCUGGCCUACAGCCUCUCCCUGGCCGCCUUUGGCUGCCUGCUGCCCUUCCUGGCCACCUUCGCCUCGUACGCCGCCAUUUUCCGCGUGGUCCUGAGGAACCGGAGCAUCACGCCGCUGGAGAAGCGGAAGGUGCUGCUGAUGGUGAGCUCCGUCCUGGUGCUGUACACCGUCUCCUUCAUGCCCUACCACGUGCUAAGGAACCUGCACUUCUACCUGAAGAUGCACAACCUGGGCUGGUCCAGGCCUGGCGUGCACAGGGCGUACCAGGUGAGCAAGGGCCUGGUGACCCUCAACAUGUGCAUCCACCCUUUGCUGUACAUGGCCCUGUUCGACAGCAUCAGGACCGUGUGCUGCAGGGGAGGAGGAGAGGACCGCGAUGCUGACAGAGCUGGGGAACGGAGCUAG